AUGUCAGUGGCAAAUGAUAAUUUAAAGAAGAUCGAUUUGAUUACAAAAGGUUUACAAGAGUAUUUAAAUAUUCAAAUUAUCAAAGAUGUGAUAGAGAAGGAAAAGCGUCCAGUAAAAAUAUACUGGGGUACAGCGCCUACUGGUAAACCGCAUUGCGGAUAUUUCGUUCCUAUGAUUCAUUUGGCUUAUUUCUUGAAGGCUGGUUGCGAAGUGAAGGUUUUAGUGGCUGAUUUACACGCUUUCUUGGAUAAUAUGAAAGCCCCUUUGGAAGUCGUCAAGUAUAGAGCUAAGUAUUACGAGUUAACAGUGAAGGCCAUUUUAAAAUCAAUUAACGUUCCCAUAGAGAAAUUGCAGUUUGUAGUAGGAUCCAGUUACCAACUUUCAGAGAAUUAUACGCUAGACCUUUUCAGACUAUCUAAUAUUGUUUCUCAGAAUGAUGCAAAAAGAGCUGGCGCAGACGUUGUCAAACAAGUUGCUAACCCUUUGUUAUCUGGUUUGAUCUAUCCUUUGAUGCAAGCCUUGGAUGAAGAGUAUUUGGAUGUGGAUGCGCAGUUUGGCGGUAUUGAUCAAAGAAAAAUUUUUGUUUUGGCUGAGGAAAACUUACCCAAUCUUGGAUUCAAAAAGAGAGCACAUCUCAUGAAUCCAAUGGUACCUGGAUUGGGUCAAGGUGGGAAAAUGAGUGCCUCGGAUCCAAAUUCGAAAAUCGAUAUUCUUGAAGAGCCAAAGCAAGUCAAGAAAAAAAUUAAUAGUGCUUACUGUGCUCCAGGUGAGCUCAAUGAAAAUGGUUUAAUUACUUUUGCUGAAAAGGUAGUUCAGCCUAUACAAGAAUUGGUUUCAGAAAAGGAUGGUAUUUUCAGCUUGCCGAUCGAUAGACCCGAGAAGUAUGGAGGACCAAUUACUUACGAUUCAAUUGAGCUCUUAAAAUCUGAUUUCGAGUCAGGUAAAUUAUCUCCUGUGGACUUGAAAACAGGCAUAUCUGACAGGAUAAUUGAAUUACUAGCUCCUAUAAGGAAAGACUUUGAGUCUAAUGAAGAAUUUCAAGAGGCUAAAGCAAAGGGUUACCCAGAAGUCGCUCCAAAACAAGAAAAGAAAGCUAAGAAAGUGAAAAAUAAAGGAACAAUGUAUCCGGGUGCAUCUAAACAGGAUACAACAACUGAAGUCUCUAAAGCUCUCGAAUCAACCCAAUUAGAGUAG